GUGGGUGGUGACCCGCGGGCAACCGAAGCUGUUGUUUGGUUGGAGGGCUGACUGAGCGUUUGCCGGGCUCUUUGGAGACGCGGAGGGGUGAAUUUUGUUGUUCGAUGGUUGCAUCUGAAAGGAUUCAUUGGCAUGUUGCAUUAAUAGACUGAGAUUAAUGGUCCUCAAGGCCGUGAAAAUUUUGUUCUGAAGUAUUAGGACCCUGAAGAAAGUUCUUCCGUUCAGAACUGUGGGACUAGUUUUAUUACCAACAAUAUGAAAGGCUCGGAAGUUAGCCUGGAAAAGAAAAAAAAGGUUCAAAUACCACUGAGGAGACUUCGUGAGGUAGUGUCUCCAAAUCCAGGAGAUAAUUUGGCUUUGCUGAAAGAUGAUUUACCCUGUGUUCCUCCUGCGUUGUCUGCAAAUAAACGUCUUCCUGUUAAAACGGGGACUGACUUGGAUGGAACAUUACAUGGUUCAUCAGAUUUAACUUCUGCUAGAAAUUAUCACCAGCCUCAACUAGAAAAUCUCACUAUGUCAGAAAGUAUGAAGGAUUUUUCUAAAGAUGUUGCAGCACAAGUGUCGCCUUUGUAUAAAACAGAAGAGAGCAACAGACAAAAAGCAAAUGACAUCUUUAUUUCUCAGUACACCAUGGGACAGAAAGAUGCUCUAAGAGCAGUUUUAAAGCAAAAAGCUCAAAGCAUGCCUGUUUUUAAGGAAGUAAAGGUACAGCUUUUAGAAGAUGCAGGUGCAGAAAAGGACACUGUUACUCAGGAGACUAGAACUUCACCCAGUGGAAUUGAUUCAGCUACAACUGUGGCUGCAGCAACUGCUGCUGCCAUUGCAACAGCAGCUCCAUUGAUAAAAGUGCAGAGUGAUCUGGAAGCAAAAGUCAAUUCUGUUACAGAAUUACUUAAUAAGUUACAAGAGACUGAUAAACAGUUACAACGUGUUACAGAGCAGCAAACAAACAUUCAGAAUAAACAUGAGAAACUUCAUUGUCAUGAUCAUGAAAAGCAAAUGAAUGUGUUUAUGGAGCAGCAUAUUAAGCAUCUUGAAAAAUUACAACAACAACAAAUGGAUAUUCAGACUCAUUUUAUUAGUGCUGCACUCAAGUCUAGUAGUUUUCAGCCUGUUAGUAUACCCCCUUCCAGAGCAGUGGACAAGUAUUUUGUAAAACCAGAACAUCCUAAUCUUGGUAGCCGUGAUGUAUCUUCACAUAAUACAUUCACUUUCAAACAAGCACCUUCAAGAGAGGUUGAAGAUAUGGAUUUUGAUAAACAGAAAUCUUCUUUGGAGACACCAGCACCUCGCAGGUUUGCUCCUGUACCUGUUUCAAGGGAUGAUAAAAUAUCAAAGAGAGAAAAUCCUGUGGAAGAAAAAGAAAAUAUGGAGAUGUCAGUUCAUAGAGGAAAUGUAAGACUAUUGGAACAAAUUUUGAAUACCCAUGAUACUCUGACAAGAAAAAAUGAAUCUUCAGAUAAAGCCUUACUAACUGUGUCAAACAUAGGAUGGAAUCCUGAGAGGAAAGACAGCAUUGGCACUCUACCUUCUCAAACAUUUCCCUCCUAUGAAGAGCUAGGAACAACUAAAGUGACUAUCCAGAAAUCUGAUGAUGUUCUUCCUGAUUUUGGCCAAAAGAAGAAUGAAACAAAUGGCAUGCUUCAGUCAAAAGAGUCUUUGAUUAUGUCAAGGCUUGCUGAUCAGAAUUCAGCUAAACUUCAGACAACUAAAACAACAAGAUCUGUAUUGAAAGAUGCAGAGAAGAUUUUGAGAGGAGUACAAAACAAUAAAAAAGUACUUGAAGAAAACCUGGAAGCUAUUAUUCGUGCAAAGGACGGAGAUGCCAUGUAUUCAUUUAUCAACGCUCUAUCAACCAGCAGAGAGAUGUCAGAGAAGAUUCGGAUCAGAAAAACAGUAGAUGAAUGGAUUAAAACUAUUUCUGCAGAAAUUCAGGAUGAGCUGGCAAGAAAAGAUUAUGAACAAAAGAGAUUCAACCCCAAGAAUCAAAGGACCAAGAAAGCACAAAAUAUGAGUAAAGAUAUUAAAACCAAUAUGCAAGACAAAACUGUAAAUAAUGCCAUAAUUCCAAGCAAGACGUCUCAAAAACAAAUAGAGGAGCAUUUUAGAAAUCCACCUAUGAGGAACAUGCCUGCUUCAAGCUUACAGAAAGAGAGAAAAGAAGGACUUUUGAAAGCAACCACAGUGAAACAAGAUGAGAAUUAUAUGUUACAAAUUUAUGGAAAACCAGUUUAUCAGGGCCAUCGCAGCACUCUUAAAAAAGGACCAUAUCUCAGAUUUAAUUCUCCUUCUCCUAAAUCCAAACCACAGAGACCAAAAGUAAUAGAACGAGUUAAAGGCACUAAAGUAAAGUCAAUAAGAACACAAACUGACUUUUAUACAACAAAACCUGCGAAGGUGGAUUCUAAAAUACGGCAUUCCCUUACUACUCUACCUCAUGUUGAUCAGCAGCAAUAUUUGUUUAGCCCAAGCAGAGAAAUGCCUACUCAUUCAGGUACACUAGAAGGUCAUCUCAUUCCUAUGGCGAUUCUUUUAGGACAAACCCAGAGUAAUAGUGAUACCAUGCCACCUGCUGGAGUAAUUAUAAGCAAGCCACAUCCUGUAACUGUGACUACUUCUAUUCCUCCAUCAUCUCGAAAACCAGAAACUGGCAUAAAGAAACCUAACAUAGCAGUUGUAGAGAUGAAGUCAGAAAAGAAGGAUCCUCCUCACCUUACUGUACAGGUAUUACCCAGCGUAGAUAUUGACAGCGUUUCAAAUGGUAGUGUUAAUGUCAGUCCAUCUCUUCCUAGUCCCAGAGAAGCAUCUUCUCCUCCUUUGAAAACCUGGAUACAGACUGCUGAAAUUACAAAGGUGGAUGAAGAAGAAGUGAAGUUUCCAGGAACUAACUUUGAAGAAAUAAUUGAUGUCAUACAGGAAGAAGAAAAAUGCGAUGAAAUUCCAGAAUACUCUGAACCUAUUCUGGAAUUUGAUAGAAGUGUUAAAGCUGUUUCUACAAAAUAUAAUGGUCCUCCAUUUCCACCAGUCGCUUCUGCUUUUCAACCCACUGCUGAUAAUUGGGAUAAAGUAAUUGAGAGAAAAGAAACAUUGGAAAAUAGCUUAAUUCAAUGGGUAGAACAAGAAAUAAUGUCAAGAAUUAUCUCUGGGCGCUUCCCAAUCCAGCAACAGGUCGCACCUAAUGUCAGUGUUUCAGUCAGCGAGGAAAGUGAACCAUUGACCUCUGACAUUGUGGAAGGAGCAAGCGGUGGUGCCCUCCAGCUUUUUGUUGAUGCAGGGGUUCCUGUGAAUUCAGACACAAUUAGCCGUUUUGUGAAUGAAGCUCUCGCAGAAACCAUUGCUGUUAUGCUAGGUGACAGAGAAGAAAAGAAGCAAGGUCUCGCUGCUACAAGUGUUCCUGGGGAUGUUUCGACAAGUGAAACAUACUUGCCGGCAAGAGUGUGCACCCCAGUAGCUACCCCACAGCCUACUCCUUCUCGCUCACCUUCAUCACCUCCUGAGGAGCGUGUGUUGGUAAAAACUCCAGAUUCUUCUCCCUGUGAUUCAGAACAUGAUGAAGCUUUUCCUGUUAAAGAACUAUUUGCUGAAAAAGGAAAUGAUAUGCCUGCCGCCACACUUGUUAAUACACCAACAGUUACUCCUGCUGCUACACCUCCUUCAGCAGCAGCUCUUACCCCGACUUUGUCAGAGAUUUCCAUUGACAAAUUAAAGAUAUCAAGCCCAGAGCUUCCAAAGCCAUGGGGUGAUGGAGACCUGCCUCUGGAGGAAGAGAAUCCUAACUCUCUUAAUGAAGAACCUGUUCACCCAGGAGCUAUUGUAAUGUCUGUGGCUAAGGAUGAAGAACCUGAGAGCAUACAUUUCCCUGUUCCACCUGCACCUGUAGAGCCAAUUCCCUUGACACCCUUUCCUGAUGCUGCCAAGGCCCCUUCCUCCAUACAGACGCCAAGUUCAGAGUCAUCAACACUGGAGAGCACUACUGUCACGGAAACCGAAACUUUAGAUAGACCCAUCUCUGAAGGAGAGAUUUUAUUUAACUAUGGUAAAAAAUUGGCUCCCAAGAUUUUAGGAGAUGGGGGACUGUAUCCAACAAACCUAAAUGAUAGCUUAUCCAGUACUCUAAUUGAUGCCCUUGAAAUGGAAGAUGAUCAUCUCAGUGAAGGGCAAGUGAUUAGGAUGCCCCAUAAAAAAUUUCAUGAAGAUGCAUUUCUUUCUCUUUUUGCUAAACAAAACCAGGAAUCAUUGGUUUCACAGCAAGCAGUCUAUCAUUCAGAGGACUUGGAAAAUAGUGUGGGUGAACUUAGUGAAGGACAAAGACCCAGGCUGACCACAGCAGCAGAGAAGAUCUUAAUGGGACAUUCUGUCUAUAUGCAGCAGCCUGUUGCUAAUGCAGAGUCUUUGAAUAAAAAAUGUGACCCUAAGCCAUUAUCUCAGCAAUUUGACACCAUUUCAGGAGGUGUUUAUGAAGAUUCAUGUGCUAGUCGUGGUCCAAUGAGUUUGGGAGAAUUGGAGUUGCAGCCAAAUUCUAACCUUGUUCCUCCCGCAACACUUCUGACAACACAAGAAAAUGAUGUUAAUUUGCCAGUAGCAGCUGAAGAGUUUUCUCAGUACCAACAAAAGCAAGACCAGGAUGUUGAACACAAACAAGUUGAACACAAACCAACACAAAGUCGUUUAAUACAUGUGAGAAGUAAAUCUGACAUUUCACUGUCACAGCGACAAGCUUUACCAGGUGAUACGGAUCAGAUACAAAUUGAGCCCAAUCUAUACCUUGCAUCUGUAUUUACAGGUGGUAAAGCAGUGCCACUCUUCACUUCGCAGGCACCACCUGCUAAGAUGUCCGUAACGCUGCCCUCAGUGAACCUGGAGGACUGCUCUCCGACUCUGAGCGUCAGUACAGUUCAGGGUGACACGGACUCCUCAGGAGCAGAUACCUUCUGAAUGGGAACGGAGUGCAAACACAAUAUUUAUACCACUGGUUUUGAGGUCAUUUUACUCAGGCAUAAAACCACUUCUUAGACUAUAUUGAUCUUUGAGCAUAUUCUCAAAAACCGUCUCUAAUUUUUUAAUUAAAAUGAAAGGCAUGUCUUGUGUAUGUAGGUAAAAUUUUAAAAUAAAGCCAUUUAAAUGUAAGUCAUCAUGGGUCUGGCUGUUUCUUAAAAGCAGAGAAUGGUGGUAAGGACAUAACUUUUAGCAUCUAAUAUUGAUCCUACAAAUACAACUUUUGUAUGUACUUACGAAAUUAUGUAGCUCAAAGUUAUUCAUUCCAGCAUUGUUUAUAACAGCAAAAUAACUGGAAGCAACCUAGUGCCUAUCGAUAAGGGACUGACUCAGUAAGUGAUCCAUAGAGCGGAAUACUAUGUGGUACAAAAAGGAUAAAAAAGCUUAGAUGCUGAUAUGGAGUUAUCUCCUAGAUAUAUUGUUAGAGUGAAAAAAGCCACGUGCAAAAUAGUGCGUGAGUUAUGCUACCAUAGCUUAAAAAGGAGUGGGAAGGAAUCCAGAUACAUGGUGUAUAUACACACACACACGCUUAGAUACAUAUAUUUGCUUGUAUAUGCAUAAAAUAUCUCUGAGAGAAGAAACAAGAAACUACUAACUUUGAUUGUCUCUUGGGAGGGGAACUGAGUGGCUAGGUGAUAGGAGUGACUAAGUGAUGGGAAUCAAGAAUGACUGUAGUUACUGUGUGUUUAAUCUUCAGAUGUGACAGGAAAAAAUUAUGAGGUUAAUUUUUUUAUAUACUUUUGUGAAACUUGUGGCUAUAUUACCCUUCAGAACAUAAAUGCAUAAAAUUAAGAGGAAAAAAAGCAUUGCUUUGGAGUGUAACACAUCUAGGUUCUAAUUCCAGUUUCUUCACAUACUGGCUCUCUGAUGGGGGCAAAUAAGGCCCUCCUUGUCAGCUGUCUCAAGUAAAUGGGUGUAAUACCCAUUUUGUGGGAUAAUGAGGAUUAGCGAUGGUGUGUGUAGAGCACCCGGCAC